AUGGCUAUCUCCGAUAUUCUGAACCGCCGGGUGCGGGCACGACCUGCCGAUGAUGAUGAUGACUACUUGGAGCAGUCCGAUGCUGCCAAGGAGGUCUCUCAAGAUGACGGUGAAGGAGAGGAAGACUCCGAUGCCGAGUCCAAAUCCGAAGAAAGCUCGGAGAAAUCCAAUCUUUCAGAAGAUGACGACUCUGAUGGCUCAAAUAGUGUCGCCGAAGAUGAGGAAGAAUCCUCAGAAGACGAAGACGACGACAUUAAAGCCUCUCUAAGCAACAUUUCCUUUGGCGCCCUCGCCAAAGCCCAAGCCUCAAUGGGCCCCAAAAAACGCAAAGAAAAAGCCUCCAAAGAAGACGCUGCGCCAGUUGAUGAUAUCCGCGCCCGCAUCCUCGAAGCCCGCGAACAAAAGCGCCUCGCUGCCGAGAAAAGCGAAUCCAAAGAUAAAAAGGACAAGAAAGCCGCGCGCGCCAAUAAGCAUGCGCCCAUGGAACAAUCAUCUAAGCGCGCCGUCUCCCGUCGACUAGUUGUCGUCGAGCCUCCAUCGCACGCUAAAGCACGGGAUCCACGCUUUGACGCAGCUGUCAUGGGACAUUCGGGCAAAGGCAAGAAUCCAGAACUCGCGGACAAGGCCUAUGCUUUCCUGGAUGACUAUAGGCUUUCUGAAUUGAAGGAAAUGAAGGCUGAGAUGGCGCGGACGAAGAAUCCAGAGCAGAAGGAGGCGUUGAAGAGGCAGAUUCUGUCCGCGAGUGAUCGGAUGAAGAGCAUGGAAAAUCGGAAGAGGGAGAGGAAGGUACAGCUGGAGCAUAAGCAGAAGGAGAAGCAGAUGUUGAGGGAGGGCAAGAAGAGUACGCCUUAUUUCUUGAAGAAGUCGGAUUUGAAGAAGCAGGUGAUGCAGAAGAAGUACGAGGAGAUGGGAUCGAGAGAUCGGGCUAGGGCUUUGGAGCGGAGGAGGAAGAAGAUUGCGUCUAAGGAGAGGAAGGAGAUGCCCUGGGAGAGAAGGGGAGCUGAGGAUUCUGGGUCCGGUUUUGGUGGUGGUGGUGGUGGUGGUGGACCUCCUAAGCGCAGACGGCUUGAUUAG